UCAUUGGGCGCCCAGGUUUAAAGCUGGGUGUCCACAAUUUUUUUUUAAAAGACCGGAAGUGGAGUCACUGAGAGGUCAUCAGAAAUGGAAAGGAAAGUCAGCAGAAUCUCUCUGGCUUCUGAACCCAAUGUAACCUACUUUCUACAAGUGUCUUGGGAGAGGACGAUAGGAUCCGGUUUUGUUAUUACACUUACGGAUGGCCAUUCGGCCUGGACUGCAAAAGUUUCUGAAUCGGAGAUUGCGCAGGAAGCUGAUGACAUGGCUAUGGAGCACGAAAAGUACAUGGAUGAGCUGAGACGGGCACUGGUGCCAGAGUCGGGAGCAGCUGGUGCGUACAAGUUCAUCUUUUCCAAGGACACUCAGCAUUUCUCCCUGGAGAAAGAACUGAAAGAUGUUUCCUUCAGACUUGGUUCCUUCAACCUAGACAAAGUUACAAACCCAGCUGAAGUCAUCAGAGAACUCAUUUGCUACUGCCUGGACACCAUUGCGGAAACACAAGCCAAAAACGAGCACCUGCAGAAGAAAAACGAAAGGCUCCUGAGAGAUUGGACUGACGUUCAAGGCCGAUUUGAGAAAUGUGUGAAUGACAAAGAAGCUUUGGAGGCUGAUUUGUAUCAAAGAUUUAUCUUGGUGCUGAAUGAGAAGAAAACAAAAAUCCGAAGCUUGCAUAAGUUGUUAAAUGAAGUCCAGCAGCUGGAGAAGAGUACCAAACCUGAAAGGGAAACUCCGAGUUCUGACAAAACACCUGAGGAGGAUGGGCUUUAUGAUGGCAGCACUGAUGAAGAAAGCGGAGGCCCUGUGCUGGGCGCAGAUACCCUUGAUAAGGAUGAUUCCUUAUUUUCAAGUCCAGAUGUCACUGAUAUUGCACCAAGUAGGAAAAGGAGACACCGAAUGCAGACAAAUCUUGGGACAGAACCUAAAAUGGCUCCACAGGAGCUGCCACUACAGGAGAAGGAAAGGCUUGGCUCUUCACCGCCUCAGACCUUGAAAGAGGAGGGCACCUCUGCUGCAAACAUGUCCUUAGAAACCCUGAGAAACAGCAGCCCAGAAGACCUCUUUGACUAGAUAGAAACCCUGGAAGACAACGCUGGUGUUCAAUAAACUACAUUCUUUAUCCAGUUCCUUUGGCUGAGAAGACAGGCUUUCACCUUAGCGGCCAUGGUUACUGUGUCUUGCACCUUCACUCUAUGUACCCAAUGGAUUACACAGUAUGUGACCAUCAGACUGCAUGACAGAGGGACAUGUUUCUCCCCUUCUAGUUCCAUUGUUUGUUAAGUAUGAGUUUUGUGGCAAAGUGUACAUUAUCGUAUUUGUUUACACAUCAUUGUAACUUUCUAAUGACUCUUGGAAGAUUUUGGAAAUAUAGCAAAGAAAAACUUUAAUUCUUUUUUAUUUCACUUUAAAUUAUUUUUUGAACAUUUGUGAUGUGACACAUAUAAAAUACAUCUUUGUCUUAUGUAUAAACAAUCUGAAAAUCUGAUAGUUAAUAAAAGUUUGUGUUCUUAAAGGAAUUA